GGCCAGGACGGGCUGGACGGAGCAAUUCGGAGGAAUCGCCUGGUAGCCACCGCAUCUCGCCCGGGGAGGACCGCGAGCUAAGAAGGGCGGCGGAAUCAAAGGCAUCCCGCCUCUGCCUGAUGUGGGGAGGCCGCAAGACCCUCACCUGUGUGCUGUGGAUCUCUCUCUCUCCAGCUCCCGGAGAUGCAGGUGGCCUUGGAGAGUGGGCAGCAGGUGCCCGAAGCCCACAGCUGUAGCCCCGCCUGAUGCCGAUCGUGGCCUAGUUCGUCCAGCCAAGGGAGGCUUUCCCGGUUGCCCCCCCCCCCACUGGAAGAUGGGGGCUGCUUAACAGGCCAGGUUCCACCAUCGCCUACGCCUUCUCUCUCCACGACCCCCUGGUGGUGGGUUCUUGGCACUGCAGUGAUGGAUGACGCCUCAACCCUGGAUUAUGAACUUCUGUCUCCUGGGCAGGCGGAGUCCGUCCCCGGGGCCCCGGGCAUGGAUGCGGAGCAGAAAACCGUCUUUGCCUUCGUCAUUUUCCUGCUCAUCUUCCUCGUGAUGCUGAUGGUGCGAUGCUUCCGGAUCUUGCUGGACCCUUACAGCCGCAUGCCGGCCUCGUCCUGGACUGACCACAAGGAGGGGCUGGAGCGCGGCCAGUUCGACUACGCUCUGGUCUAGCUGGGACCCCGGGCCCUGGGCAGGAGCCCUUCCCCUUGGGCUGCUGCUGCUCCUGCCAAGGAAAGGGGCCGGGUUUGGGGUCCUCUGUCCCGCUGUGUUUCUCUGUGAGGUGUCUGUUUUGGGGGGCCGGCGCGGGAUCCCCCGUCUUCCCUGUGGCUUUUCGGUGUUUCUUUGUGUCGUAGAGAUGGGGGUGGAUGGGGGCCAGAUGGGAAAGGGGAAAUGGGGUUUGCAGGCCUCUCGGGGAGGCUUUGCAAGCAGGGACCUUGUUCACUGUGGCAAAAAUCCAGGAAUUUGCCCUCUGCCAGCUUCCACCUUCCCCCCAAAAAUCCGGGAGGCCCAAGUGGGGUGCAAAUUUUGCAUGCUUGGGAGCCCCCAUAAGCCCCUGCCUUAUGCUGGCUAGUUAAAAAAAGUUUGUUUUUUU